AUGAAAGGAAAGCAACAAAAUAGGAGGCGUCUUCAGGAUGUAGAGCAGCCUAUUAUUGUUCAACUUGCUGCAAAUGCCAGGCCAAUAAAGCCUAUUCGAAAAUAUUCUGUGAUUUCCCUUGAAAAAUUAAAAUCUGAUUGCAUGGAAAUUUUUAAUUUCCCAAUCGGAAAUUUCUACUUUGAAGAUGGCACUAAAGUAGAGUCACUAGACCAAAUUAAACAAAAGCAUGAACAAGAACCAAAAUUAAUUUUACUUGUUGGAAGAAAAGGAGAGAAAUUCGCUCAAAAACCUAAGGAAACCAAGCUUCCAUCACAUGAGAUGCAAGAAAUCAACGUUCAAGCUAUGUUCAAAGAAGCAGAUGCAGUUCAACCUGCAAAGCAAAUCGAAUCUACGGAAACUCUCGAAGAUAGAGCAAACUUUUAUGUUGCCUUAUCUAAAAUGUCAAUGGCACAAGCUCAAUUAUAUGCUAAAUUUGCUGCAUUUUCAAACAUUAAAGAUGAAGAUCAAAAUAAGCUUCCAGAUCACGAACUUUAUCGUAAGCAAAUCGAUGCAAACAGGCAAACAUGUUUUUACAGGCAGCUUGUUGAAAAACGCAUUUGUACUUUAGAUUCUGUUUCUCCAGUCACAAAUUCAUUGACAAAAUGGUCGAUUGAUCUCUUAAGUAAUCUAGACUUAGAAAAUAUUAACAUUGUUAUUACAGGACCACGCUACAGCGGAAAAACAAUGACAUUAAACAAUUUAUCCACUGUUUUCCAUCGUAAACUAACGAUGUGUGGCUUAGGAGGACAAUACCUGAUGUUACCACUUAAUUUUGAGACCAUACAAUUCGAAAUGGAGAAUGAAAUUUCAUUUUUCAAUUAUAUCUUGAAUUCUACCUUUGAUUCUCUCGGAUACACAUGUCCACAAGUACUUCCUAUUGCAGAAGAAUUACGCAAAUUGCUUGCAUCACUUCCAGAUUCCGUUACAAUGCGUAAAUUACUUCCAUUUGCAAGCAAAGUCAAAGGAUUCAACGAAGAACAGUUCGAAAAGCUCGGAAAGAGUAUCAUCUCAGCAUUCCAGUUCAAGGAAACCAAUGCAGCACGCAAUGUAAGCAAACAAGGUGUGAUUUUGAAUUCAAUUUUGAAUUUACCAAACGAUAUCGCAGCUGUUUUCGGUCUCAAAGGUGUUGUUUUCGUUAUAGACCACAUCGAUAUGUGUACACCAGAAGUUGCAGCUGUAUUUUCUCCAAUUUUGGAUCAAUCAUCUUAUUUCAUUUCGGAAAAAGAGUCAGAAAAGUUCCAACAACUAUACAGUCUCAAUUCCGCUGUUUUGAUAGAUGUAGAAAACAUCUGCCAGCCAGUAGAUCAAAAGACAAUCGUCUUACAACAUCCUUCUUUCGAAAUUAAACAAGAAAUGUGUAACGGUUGUCCAGCGGUUUUGUCACUUUUCCAGAAAACAUGUGACUCCAUUUCCAAGUUAACAAAACAGAAGUUUACUCGCAGAGUUAAGUUAGUGACUGACAGAUGCCGAGAGAGUGAACUAAAUUACGUUUUGUUGACAUUAGCAUUAGUUUUGAAAGAAGUCAAUCAAACUAAAGAAUUCAGUGACUUAGUUUCACAAAUAAACGAAAGUCUGAACUUGAAGGCAACUGUUAAUGAACCAGAGCAGAAACAGGAAGAACCAAAAGAACAAGAAGAAGAGAAACAAAAGAAAGAAGAAACAAAAUACGAAAGAAAAAGAAUUCCUUCUUUCGAAACAUCAGGAAACAACAAAAUUGCUCAAAAUCUUCUUGAAAAUUCUUCAUCUUCUGAUUCUAAUGAAGAAGAAAUUAAUGAUGAACAAGAAAAGAUUGAUGCAAAUGUCAUAAAUGAUGAAAUAAAUGAUCAAGACAAACCAUUACUUUCAAGUUCUUCUGAUAAUGAAGAAAACAAACAAAAUAACAACAACAGCAAAAAACUUCUGUUUUCAUCUGAUGAAGAAAAAAUUGGACAGAAAGAAGAAGAGAAAACUCCACAAAAUAAACCAUUGAUGUUCUCUUCUGAUGAUGAAAAUAAUGAACUAAAGAAAUCUCCUGUUCAACAAAAACAACCAAUGUUUACUUCAUCUUCAUCAGAAGAAGAAGAUCAUGAAGAAAUCAAACCUUCUCCAAAGAAACAAACUAAACCAAUCUUUUCUUCUUCAGAUGAUGAUGAAAAAGAACCUCCAAAGAAAGAAAAAUCAGAUGAUGAAGAAGAAAUCAAACCUUCUCCAAAGAAACAAACUAAACCAAUGUUUUCUGAUGACGAUUUCGCAAAAGAACCUCCAAAAGAAGAAAAAUCAAAUGAAGAAGAAAUUAAUCAAAAACAGAAAUCACCAAAGAAACAAACUAAACCAAUGUUUUCUUCUUCUUCUGAUGAUGAUGAUGAUGAAGAAAAAGAAUCUCCAAAGAAAGAUAAAGAAGAAGAGGUUAAACCAAAGAAGAAACAGACUAAACCGAUGUUUUCUUCUGAUGAUGAUGAUGAAGAAAUUAAACCUUCUCCAAAGAAACAAACCAAGCCAAUGUUUUCUGAUGAUGAUGAAGAAAAAGAACCUCCAAAGAAAGAAGAAUCAGAUAAAGAAGAAGAGGUUAAACCAAAGAAGAAACAAACUAAACCGAUGUUUUCUGAUGAAGAAAAUGAGGAAAUUAAACCAAAAGAUGAAGAAAAACAUCAAAAGAAAUCUCCACAAAAGAAACAAUCACCAGCAAAAGGACACUUGUUGUCAGACAGUGAUGAAAGUGAUGAACCUCCUCCACCAAUGAAGAGACAAAUGAUGUUUUCUGAUGACGAAGAAGAGAUCAAACCAAAACAAAAAACUCCAAAGAAACCAAUGUUUUCCGAUGAUGAUGAAGAAGAAAUAAUACCAAAGAAACAAGAAGAAACAAAGCAAAAGUCACCACAAAAGAAGCCAAUGUUUUCUUCUUCUGAUGACGAUGAAGAACCAAAACCAAAACAAGAACAAAAGAAGAAAUUACUUGAUAGUUCAGAUGACGAAGAAGAGGAAGAAAUAAAGCCAAAGCCAAAGAAGAGACAACUUGAUAGUUCUGAUGAAGAAGAAAUAAAACCAAAGCAAAAAUCUCCACAAAAGAAACCAAUUUUAUCAAGUUCAAGUGAAGAUGAUGCAAUUCCACCACCAAAGAAGAAACUUCUCGACAGCUCUGAUGAUGACGAAGAAAUAAAACCAAGGCAAAAGUCUCCACAAAAGAAGAGAAAAUUGUCUGAAAGUGAUGAUGAAGAUGAUGUUCCUCCUCCAAAACAAAAAUCACCUCAAAAGAAGAGAUUAUUAACAAGUUCUGAUGAUUCUGAAGAUGAUGUUCCUCCUCCAAAGCAGAAAUCUCCAAGAAAGAAGAGUUUAUUGUCUGAUUCAGAUUCUGAUGAUAAAGCACCUCCUCCACCAUUGAAGAAACAUGUUAUAUCUGAUUCAGGAAGUGGCGAAGACGUGUAA